GUUCGACUUGCCGUCUAGUCUACUAGACCUAGUCUUGAUAUACUGAAGAUGCCCGUAGACUAAUUCUUGUUAACAAGCCGUGUUAACAUGAGAUUAGAGAGAUAAAAUAACGACAUAAUUAAGCAGGGAGAGGUGAUGCGUUGUAUUGCUUGAAGUCCAUGAUUGACAGUCAAGAUGAAGAGGCGGCUCAUUCGUGGUUUGAUGUCGGAGAUCACCAUCCGCUUGGCGCUCUUUGUGGUUUUCCUCGUGACAGAGCAGCUUCCACCCUUCUACCGUGAGAUCCAGGCAGAGGAGAUGUGGUUGUAUAAAUUUCACCGCGUGGAUCAGGAUCAUGUACCCACGUCGCUCAUGUUUAGCAUCGCUCUCUUCACACCCCUGAUUGUCAUUCUGGUUUUUACCGUCAUGACAAAGUCAGAGCGAGGAGACGCAAAGGAAGCAUCACUAGGCGUGACCUUGACUCUGGUGCUGAACGGCGUUUUCACCAAUGUCAUCAAACUGGCUGUCGGCAGGCCUAGGCCAGACUUCUUCUACCGCUGUUUCCCAGAUGGGCAGAUGAACCUGGAGCUACGCUGCAGUGGUGACCCAGAUGUGAUCAUGGAGGGUAGAAAGAGCUUUCCCAGUGGCCACUCUUCAUUUGCUUUUGCCGGGCUGGGCUUCACCGCCUUCUACAUUGCCGGAAAGCUGCGAUGCUUCAAUGCAGCAGGUCAAGGCAGAGCGUGGCGACUAUGCGCCUUUCUCACCCCUUUAAUUGUAGCACUGACGAUCGCUCUCUCCAGAACCUGCGACUACAAACACCACUGGCAAGACGUGUUGGUGGGCUCUCUGCUGGGCCUGUUGUUCGCCUGGCUCUGCUACAGGCAGCACUACCCCGCGCUUCACGACCCCGAUUGCCACCGACCCCUGAGUCACAGAGAGAGUGUCCCAGCCGCACAGGAGCGCAAACUGGCCAACUCCAACUACAUCCUGCCCCUGUAAAACACGACCGCCCAAACGGCCUCCUUUUUAAUGGGGGCUUGGUACAAUUCUGUCAUGGAUAUGUAAAAUGUCAGAGUGAUACAUGGGUUAUUUUCUUCACUAAGUGGACACUUGAAGUAGGAGACUGAAACAACCACCUCAUCGAGAGCAGGACCAACUUCACUAGCCGACUAUCUCUUUCUUUGUGAUCCUAUAUGUUACUUUUAAUCAGUAAAUGUAUGAUUAUAAGAUUGGACCAUAUCAGUACGUUGGGGUAUAACACUUUUUUUUAUCACAGUGUUUAAUCUUAAAUCAUGAUAUCAGUGCAUUUGUGUAAUUAUGAAAUGUUUUGUGGAUGAGUAACAUGAAUGUUUGCAGCAAGCACUUAAGUGUUUUGCUUAGGACUUGAGCUAAUUAAGUAUAUGUCAGCAUCCACAGAAACUGGUAAAAAACUUUAAUAGUGGAAGAUAGGUAUGGUGUGUGUGUGGGGCGGGGUGCUUUCACAUAUGUUACUUUUGGUAUAUUUUGUUGUCUUGGGAAAUAUUUGCCAAACUGCAGAUAAAAGCAGGCAUAAUGAGCUUUUCCACUAAUGCAUCUCUGAUACAUGACAGCUUACAGCUCUUGUAAAAUAGUGAAAUCGCACUCUUAGUGUUAUUGUUUAUUUCUGCCUCAAUAUCAUGGUCUUCCUGUUGCUUAUUUCCAAUAGAACCCUCAUUUAAAUGGACUGUUACUUCAAUAUGGUCCUUACAUGCGCUGUCCUGACAAUGCAGGGUCACUCAUGGACACUUGUCCUGUACAGAACCGGCUGUAAUAACCUCAACUGUAUGUUUUUGCCAGAGUCAGUUGGUAGUAUAACUCAUGACGGUCCAACUGGGGCUGUUGUCACAAUGGUAACAGAAAGAAGGAAGCUCAUUGUGACAUAUAGAGAGUUUGUGUUGAGUUACUGCUUUUCCCUGUGAUGGUGCUAGCAUCCCAGUGCUCCUGCUGGUCAGGGUUCAUAUCCUGUUCAUAUUUUAUAUCAGAUUUCUUUGUUUGUUGUUUUUUUUGUAUUUGAUCAUUGUGUUUAUAUUGUGUUUCAUAUAAUUGUUCACCAAUUUAUGCUACUCACAAGAAGUUAGGAAUAUCUCAGUUACAUUUGAAUCUAAAAUAUACAACUGUAUAAACUUAAUUUCAGCUUCAAUGGUGCAUAUCCCUAAGCUUUUGUGAGUAGUAUAAUUUAACAGCAGCAGCAUACCAUAUGUUGUAGAUACAUGUUAUUAUUUCUCUGCAUAAUUACAUUAGAAGUGGAAAGAAAAGGUUUUUGUGUGAAACCCGCCAAGGUUUUGCAGGGUAAAAGCACUUUGCUGGUUUCUGCGAAGCAAGCUGAAAUUGGCUGAUUCGCAGCGACUUUUAUGACCAAACUUGGCCGGGAUUUAGUGCCUUUUUUUAUUUUACGACAUUAGUUAACGUUAGUCUGUGCUGCAACUUCACUUUGUAUGUAUUUACAAUGUUACUGAAUCAGAUGUGAAGAGGAAUCAUGUGGCAUGCGUAUGUUUUAAUGUUGAUGGGACUAAUGCAGAAAUUUAAUUUUUGGUGGGUUGAAAAGUGGUUAACCUUAUUUUGACCCUAUAGAUGAUUUUCAGAUGAGCUCUAGCAUUCCAUUUUUUUAAUGAGCUGAUGUGAUCAGUGUUGUAUGUCAUUUAGGGCAUGCAGGAGUUUUACUUGAAUUUUCAGUGUUUGCUCGAAAUGUGAUCAUGUUAGGCACACUGGUGUUUUGGCUAGAUUUUUAUUCUGCACUGCUCUAAAAUCUGAAAUGUUCCUCAAUUAACAGUACAAACAUUUGUUUACUCAUCAAUGAGGAUGUAAAAAUGUAGACAUUACUGUUAUUUUUCAGCAAGUUUUUAUGUGGGGUGUUAAUUAUGUUUGUCCUGACUGUUAAAGGGGACCUAUUAUGCUUUUUCCACGCUUCUGACGUAUAAAUGUUAAACGAAUGAAUGUGUUCACUCUACAAGCUGAGUGGAACCAAUGAUAGUGAGUGGGUGUAACCGGAGGCAGGCUGUGAGUGGAAUAAAUUUAAACAGACCAUUUUGGAAAUCCAAGAAAAUAAAGCUUAAAUAGGUGCAGAUUCUGGAAGAUCUCAAAAGCUUUGUGCUCUAUAGGAGUCCACAACUCAAUACAAAGGGCAAAAAUUAGCAUAAUAGAUCCCCUUUAAGUCAUGUACAAUUUUGCUUUUUUGGUCAGGCAUGUAUUUUUUUUGCCUUGUAAGAGCAAGUAGCAACCAUUUAAGGGAGAUACACUCACCUGAUUGAAUUAUGCUGUGAGGUCUAACUAAAUUCUGUUUCUACAUACAUGUUCCAUCGUUUGUGUGAUCCCUGUUGUUUUAGUAAUAAUACUAGCAAAAGGUAGUAACUUAUGUUUGUUGUCAUUUUUAAAGCCAAAAAGGUUCGGAUUUGAACUUUGCUCACUGGACACCUAUUUAGGUAAACCUACAUCUCUAAUGGGAUUCUAUACUUUAUAAAAACAGAUACUAAUGCAGAGUUUUGAUUACCAUUAGACUGUAUAGGUGUACCUAAUGGUGUGAUUACAGCUGUACAGUGUAUAUUAUGUCCCAGUGUAUUAGACCAGGGGUGUGCCUGUGAGUCAGGAGACUUGUGGGAAGGUUCAGCAGCUUGAGAAAAAUAAAGAUGAACA